GCCGUGAGCGAGGUGCCGCCCUUCGAGCGUCUGUCCCGGGACCUGCUACCCGUGACUUACCAUUUGCACUUGAAGCCGGAUUUGAGCGAGUUCACCUUUAGCGGUCGCGUGCAAAUCCAUUUGUCUGUGGCUCAAAGCACCUCGCACAUCACCCUCCACGCCGCUCAUCUGACCGUUCAACGGCUCCAGGUCCACGUGCGGGCCGCCACCGGCGAGGUCCGGGAGGUGGAAUGCGUCCGAUGGGCAUUGCGGGCUCACAAUGAGACGCUCGUCAUCAAUUUGGCCCAGGCCUUGCCCGUGGGCGCGCAGGUCGAGCUAUCCAUCGAAUAUAAAGGCGAAUUGAACGAUACACUCCGCGGAUUUUAUCGUACGGCUCAAGGCCCGGCUCAGUAUGGGGCCGUGUGCCAUUUUGAGGCCACGGGCGCCCGCCACGCCUUUCCCUGUUGGGACGAGCCGUCGUUUCGAGCGCAAUUCCAGGUGAAUAUUCAGGUGGCCGAUGCUAGUCUGGUGAUUCUAUCCAAUAUGCCCGAACAAUCCCGUGAAUUGGGGCCCGAAGGGGGUGUGCGGGUGGCCUUUCAACCCACGCCCUCCAUUCCCACCUACUUACUGUGCUGGUCUUUGGGACAGUACGAUUUCAUCGAAGACGUGACACCGGAUGAGGUGACGGUGCGGGUUUAUACGCCCGUAGGCAAGAAGGAAGAAGGCGCCUUUGCCUUGGAAGUGGCGGUCAAGGCCUUACGGUACUAUAAAGAGUUCUUCGGCGUGCCCUACCGAUUGCCCAAGAUGGACCUGAUUGCCUUAUCCGACUUUGCCAUUGGCGCCAUGGAGAAUUGGGGUCUGUUGACUUUCCGCGAACGGCUCUUAUUGUACGAUGCCCAGACCAGCUCGGCCAUGAUCAAGCAAUAUGUUGCCCUCAUUGUGGCGCAUGAAGUGGCGCAUCAGUGGUUCGGGAACCUGGUCACCAUCGAGUGGUGGACCCAUUUGUGGCUCAAGGAGGGAUAUGCCACUUGGAUCGAGUUUCUGUGCGUAGAUCAUCUGUUCCCGGAAUGGAACUUUUGGACGCAGUUCAUCACCGACACCCUCAAUCCGGCGUUGGAGCUGGAUUGUUUGGACAAUUCUCAUCCUAUUGAGGUGAAAGUGGAAAACCCGGCUCAGAUCGACGAGAUCUUCGACUUGAUCUCGUAUAAUAAGGGUGCCUCCAUCAUUCGGAUGUUGUUCAAUUGGAUUGGCGAGACCAAUUUUCGAAGGGGCAUGAAAGCCUACCUCGAUCGUCACGCCUAUGGCAAUGCCACCACCGAGGACCUCUGGAAGGCUUUGGAGGAAGCGUCUGGCAGUCCCGUGGGAACGGUCAUGUCCACUUGGACGCAAAAGAAAGGUUAUCCCUUGAUACGUGCCUCCCUGUGCGAGAGUAAGAACGAGCUGAGUGUGAAACAAGCGCCGUUCUGCAUUGGUAAGGGCUCGAGUGGUGGAGUCUCAGAUCAAAAGGAAUGCUCCUUGUGGGAAAUUCCUUUGAGUCUUACCACAAAGAUGUCCCCUCAACAUUCAACCAUGUCGAUCGUGCUCAAAGGCGAGAGUGAAGUCGUUUUCUUACCCGAGAACGAUAACCGCUCUUGGCUCAAUCUGAACCCCGGCAAGGUGGGCUACUUCCGCGUCCAUUAUUCCCCCGAGCUUAUGAAGCGCUUCGUCCCGGCCAUUGAGGAUCGCAGUCUACCCGUCCAAGAUCGAAUUGGUCUGUUGCAAGAUUACACGGAUUUGUGCCAUGCUGGGAUCGUGCCUUCGGUCGAAUUAAUUCAGCUCAUCGAGAAAUACCGAGACAAUGAAGAUUUUACAGUCUGGGAUGCCGUGGUGGCCAGUGUCAAAGCUCUCCAAGGCUUAAUGCAAUCCGAUCCCGAGUGUCUGGACAGCUUCAACUUUUGGCAACGAUGGCUGUUCCAACCGGCCAUGAAGCGAUUGGGCCUGGAUGCUCGAUCGAAUGAUUCCCACAUCGACAUGUUGCUGAGAUCCUUACUUCAUUGGAGUCUGGUUCGUGCCAAUGACGAAGAGACUCUAAACGACGGCCUUGAACGCUUUGAGGCCCAUCGCAAUGGUUCUGCCCUGAUCCCCGCUGACCUCAAGUCCUCCAUGUAUGCUUGUGCUCUCCGUUUAAAGGGACAAGAGGUCUUUGAUAGUCUGAUUCAAAUUGCCAAGGACACGGACUCGCAUGAGGCCAAAGGCGAAGUGUAUAAUGCAUUGGGUCAAUCCCAAGACUCGAACCUCUUGCAGCAAGCCUUGGAGUAUGGCCUCUCACCUGCCGUUCGUCUUCAAGACACCCGAUCCGUUCUGUCAUCCGUCUCGUCCGAAAGUGUACUGGGUCGAAACCUGUGUUGGUCAUUUUUCAAAGCGAACGCGUCGGAAAUCGGGAAACGAUACAAGACGGGCGGCCUAUUAACUAGGCUCAUUAAAGCAGUGACCUGUCCGUUCUCUACAUUGGAAGAGGCCGCUGAGAUUGAGGCCUUUUUUGAAUCACAUCCAUUCCCUGGAGCGCAAAGAUCAAUCAAGCAAGCCAUCGAAUCUGUCCGACUUCGAGCCCAUUGGAUCCAGAGGGACCUUGAAUCUGUGAAAACGUACCUCAUCGACUUUCAAACCAAACAAGCUUCCACCCCCGCGUAACAUUGACAUGUUAGGCAAUACCAUUCCUCUUUGUCCUUUAAACAAAAACUGUAUUGCCAUUGCGUUCAGGUAUUAACAAAACGCAAGUUAACUCACCCCUUUGGACUAUUUUAGAAACCCUUUAUAUAUGUAAAUAAAGAAGAGCCACCGGU